GCUUUUCCUUUUUUACCCCUUUUUUCUUGAUUGCUCACUCACCUUCGUUCUGAACUGCACGAGCUUCGUCCAGUCUUUGCUGAAACACAUUCGCUCAUUUUCCUCGUUCUCCUUGUUGAGUCUAGGCCCUUCCCUCGCAACGUCACAAUGAAAUAUUUCCAUCUUCUCACCUCCCUCGCCGGAGGCGGCACCUCCUUUCUCCUUCAGGCUCAGCACAUCGCCCAGGAGCGGUUCGAUCCCAUCGUCCAGCCGGGGGUUGUUAGUGGUCACCUGCACACUGUGAUUGGCGCUUCAACCUUUAGCCAGUCGUUUUCCCCCAACAUCCAGGCAAAUGCGAACUGCUCGUCCAUAAUUGUGCAGGAGAACAAGUCCAAUUACUGGAUGCCCAGUCUCUUGGCCCGGCUCUCCAACGGCUCUUUCUCCUCGGUCCCCCUGAAGGAAACCCGUGUUUACUACCUCAACAAUCAUGCCCCAGGAACCCAUGUCACAGCUUUCCCCCGGGGCUUCCGAAUGCUGGUUGGCAAUCCCGGUGCAACCUCCGCAGACCCUGCUGGUAAAAUUAAAUACCGGUGUCAAGACGGGUUCGCCUCGGGCCGCGAGUUCCUUCAAGAUCAUCUGCCCUACUUCGACUGCGGCGACUUCCUUCGCGCCUCCGUCAGCUUCCCCGACUGCUGGGAUGGCAAGAACCUCAACAGUACCGACAACAAGAGUCAUGUAGCCUACCGGUACGGCGGUAACCUGACCUGCCCCGAGUCGCAUCCAGUGUCCAUGAUGCAGAUCGACCUCGAGAUGGGCUACGCGACCAAGGGAUUCAAGUGGGACCAGCUGAUGCUCAGCACCGGUGACCAGGCUGGAUACGGCUUGCAUGCCGACUACCUCAGCUUCUGGGAGGGUGACCUCUUGCAGGCCGCCCUCAACGAUUCGAGCUGCCAGAACCGCCAGAACAUUUUCGGCGAUGGCGCCCAAUGCGCAACUCUUGUGCCCCACCGGAACGACAAUGCCAUGUAUUCCUGCCGGCUUGAAACUGCUAUCCCGCAGGAGGAGACUGGUGUCGCCGCCCCAAUUCCCACUCUCCCUGGGUGCAACCUUCCAUACAAUUCCACUGCCAAUCAGGCCAAGCCAACCUGCUCAUCCACACCUCCCACGCCCGCCAUUGGUCUCGCCUCGGGCUUUGUGAACUUCAGCUGGCAGCGCGCCACGGCCGGCACCAGGCUGGUGAUGAUUGCCAUCUACAACGGUUUCAAAUCAAACUCAUCUCCUCCGUCAUCGCCAUCUUCUCCCGCCAAAACACUCGCAGCCACUCCCGGCUCGACGUUCAAUGGGCCGACCGCCCCCUGGGCCAGCCUAGGCUGCUAUACGGACCACACGGACCGCGGGCUGCAGGCGCAGGUAAAGUUAGCUUCUGGGCUCAGCCUCACGGGUAGCCUGUGCCAGGGGCUGUGCAACCAGAACGGCUACAUAUAUGCAGGCACUGAGUACGGGACGCAGUGCUGGUGUGGCAACUCUGUCCGCACAACGUCGACCAAGGCCAGCGAGGCCUCGUGCAACAUGCCGUGUCCCGGCAAGACGUCGGAAAAGUGCGGUGCGGCCUGGUUCAUGAACCUCUAUUCCAAAAAUUCGGCCACGACCUGAACAAAUGCGAGUGCCAUUCCUUCCAGUUCUUUUACUAGCCCUUCUCCCAAUCCUUCUCCUAAGCCCUCUACGGCUUCCACCGUCUCAUCCCCUCCAUCUCAUCCCCUCCGUCUCAUCCCCUCCGUCUCCUCUCUACACCUCGUCGUCGUCUCUCUUGUCUCUGUUCUCGUCUUCCUCUCUUAUGGUCGUUGUGUCUGCCUUCUUUCUGUUCGCGCUGUUGGAGAUUCUGGGCUUUUAGCACUGUCUCCAACUGAGCUGGUGCCGUCUUUUUUUUCUUUCUUUCUACUACCCCCGGUAAUUUUAAUCCCCUUCUUUCUUUUCCUUUUCUUCCUUCACUUAGUGGUUUGAUAAUCAGUAGGUUUUGGAGAAAAUAGAAGGAAGGAAGAAAGAAAGCGAAAAAAAAAGAAAGAAAAACCAAACGAAAAAAGAAAACGAAAAACCCCCACCGUGAAAGAGCGACUGGG